AGCCAGCCGCGCCUCCCGCCGCCUUGUCGCCACCCGCGCGAGCUCAUCUCCUAUAUCUUCUCCAAUCCCGCCUCCUCCCGAAAUCACCGCCGAUAAUUUUACCACCUUCCGCAUCCAUCUCGAAGCGUCCCGUCCCAUCCCGUCCUGCUUCGAUUCGAUUUCCGCCACGCAUUCCCCCGCAGCUCCUGUAGCACCUGCGUCUGUGCCGCGAGAUGGCGGCGGCGAGGAGCCGGAAGGAGGAGGAGGACGAGAUGGCGCUGGAGGACGGCGACAUCGACGAGAGCCCGCGCGACAGCUUCCGCGACGACGACGACGACGACUCCGAGGACGGCGACAUGGGGGACGAGGGGGAGGACGAGGACGGCGACGGGGUCGGCUCCUUCGAGUCGCGCCAGUGGCCGCAGAGCUACAGGGAGACAACUGACACCUACACAAUUGCUGCAUCUCCGAUCUUUGGUUACCUGGGUCCUUCGACGAGCAAGUACUCGAUUGAUGGUGGCCGUAGUAGUCUGGCUUCUGACUCGAAGUUACCUCUUAUCUCGGAUAAACUAGAAUCUGUCAAGAGCCUGCGAAGACAUCUUCUUGGUUCAGCUAGAGAUGACAAACUCUCGUUUCAGUAUACUGGUGAAAUCUACGUCGGCCAAGGAUGCAGUGUUACACAGACUGUCUUCAAUGGCAUUAACGUACUUGCUGGUGUUGGCCUUCUUUCCACUCCCUUCACAAUUCAUGAAGCUGGAUGGGCUGGUCUUGCAGUUCUAUCCCUUUUUGCGAUAAUUUGCUGUUAUACUGGAGUACUUCUGAAGUACUGUUUUGAGAGCAAAGAUGGAAUUUCAACCUAUCCAGACAUCGGGGAGGCUGCCUUUGGAAGAAUUGGCCGCUUGAUCAUAUCUAUUAUUUUGUAUACCGAGCUAUAUUCAUAUUGUGUGGAAUUCAUUAUUUUGGAAGGUGAUAAUAUGACAUCAAUCUUUCCUGGCGUUAAUCUUAAUUUGUUUGGGAUUCAUGUCGACAGUAAACAUUUCUUUGGAGUGUUAACUGCUCUUGUAGUCCUUCCGACAGUAUGGCUGAGGGAUCUUCGGGUGCUCUCAUACCUUUCAGCGGGAGGUGUGAUUGCGACUCUUGUGGUUUUCGUAUCUGUUGCUUUAGUUGGCACUACUGAAGGUGUAGGGUUCCAUCAGACUGGGGAAGCAGUGAAGUGGAGUGGCAUGCCCUUUGCUAUCGGUAUUUAUGGUUUCUGCUACUCUGGACAUUCAGUAUUUCCGAACAUCUACCAGUCAAUGUCAGAUCGCACAAAAUUCCCUAAGGCACUGUUUAUAUGCUUUGCGAUUUGCACAGCCAUAUAUGGCUCGUUUGCUAUUUUUGGCUAUCUCAUGUUUGGUGAACAGACUCUUUCACAAAUAACUUUGAAUCUUCCAAAAGAAUCAUUAGCCUCGAAAGUUGCGCUGUGGACCACGGUGAUCAACCCUUUCACCAAAUUUGCCUUGUUAUUAAACCCAUUGGCUCGGAGUUUAGAGGAGUUGCGCCCUGAGGGAUUUUUGAACGAAACAAUUGUCGCUGUCAUACUGAGGACUGGCCUUGUUGCAUCAACUGUUGUCAUUGCCUUUAUUCUGCCAUUCUUUGGUCUGGUGAUGGCUCUGAUUGGAUCCCUUCUUAGUAUACUUGUGGCAAUCAUAAUGCCUGCCUUGUGCUUCUUGAAGAUCACACAGAAUAAAGCCACACGUACACAGGUCAUCGCAAGCAUUGUUAUAAUAGUAGUCGGUGUCAUCAGUGCUGCCCUCGGAACGUACUCUUCGGUAGCCAGAAUCAUCGGGAACUACUGAUUUUUCCAAGGCAAUCUCUCCGACAGCUCUCAGUACCAUCACUCUGCUGCUAGAGCUCUUGCUGUGUAUCAUCCAGUUUUACCUAGUUCCGUGUACAUCCUUCGACCUACUAUAGUCGAUUAUAAAGACCACAGCAGUAGGGGAGUGGUGUUUUGGAACAUGGGAGCAUAUGCUCCCUCUAUUUUGAAAUUCAUCUUACACAUAUUUUGAAUUUCAAAAAAAUUGAAACGAAAAGUUCGCACGUACAUCUUCACGUGCUACGCGCUCACAAAGUUGUUUCAUAAAAAAUGGAUUUGUCAUGUGACGUGUGUAAAAAAGACAAAACUCAAUGCUAAAAAUAAUGUUUUUUACAAGAUAAAUUUUCUCUUUUUUACAUAGACCACAAAAAAUAUUGAUUUUUCAUGAAACUUGACGAAUGCACAUAUAUUAUGGAGAUGUACAUGUAGAAUUUUUUGUUAAAAUUUUUCGACAACUCGAAAUAUAAUUUUUAGGUAUAGGGAGCAUACGCACCCGGGAGCCGAAUUGAAUUUCCGCAGCAGUAGCGACUAUGUAAUCCUGGUACACCGUUUAGACGUUUAGUUUCUGCUAUAUCAUUUCGUUUACUUUGUCCCUAUCAA